AGAGACUGGAAGCCUCUGGCACUCGACGGACGGCUAGUGAAGGGAACGGAUCGUUACACUCGGUCGAUACUCGGCCAAACGAAAAUGCCGCCAAUAAACCGCGUCUGACUUUCGUUAAAAAGUGUAUCGGACAAAUAAAUUUAUAAAGUAGUGAUAUCUAAGCUGUACGAUUCUGAUACGAUCGUCAGAGAGACGGUUUCCCGGCCCGUAUGGGCAACGCGACAGAAGCUGGAAGUCAUGAGCCAGCGAAUUAGGCAUGAAACAUGGUGAUCAAUUUCGUACAGUGCGAAUAACGAAAUGGUGAACGUAUUUAUCAGCGAUAAAUGAAUUUAACGGGAUGGAUCUACCGCAUACGGUCACUGAGAAGUUGUGAAGGGACGCGAUCGAGUCACCUUUGAACUUUGCGAAUUCGAUCUCGGUUGUACUCGGGCUCGAAAGAAUAUUUCGUUAACGAAACAAGUUUCGGUGCAACGCGUCGAACAAAGAAACCUUCUUGUGAAAGUUCCCGUAGUGCAAAGUGUUCUUCGGUAGCGAAAACGCGCUCCGUGGAUGAUCGUGACCAAAGUUAGUGCGCUUUCAAUGUGAUCCCGCAUUUCAUCCUGAAGAGAGAAACAAGGAUGACGCGAGAGGUUCUCCUAUCCCUUUUGGGGAUUCUCGUUGUGGGCGCAGAAGGAUUGAAUUGCGGCCAUCCGGCUGUACCGAUGAACGCCAAGGUGUCAUUGUCCGACGAAUCCUUAGCAACCGGCACUUUGGCCACUUACACUUGCGAUGCCGGAUACGAAUUGUUCGGCAGUGGUAGUCUGACGUGCAACGCCAAAGGGAAAUGGCAAGGGGACUUCCCAUUUUGCGGCACGAACGUCGCGUUUCGCAAGCCGACGAAUCAGUCGACGACCGUGCGAGGAGGAGACGCCAGCCAUGGAAACGACGGCGAUUCGGGCACCGAGCACGAUGGGAAAAGGUGCACGGAAACUCAAAGCGAGCCUAGUCCGUGGUGGAAGGUCGAUUUACUCAAAUCAUAUUCCGUGAAAGUCGUCAGAGUCACGACGAGGGGCUGUUGCGGCCACCAACCCCUUCAGGAUAUUGAAAUACGUGUGGGUAACAGCAGCGUCGAGUUACAACGCAAUCCCUUGUGCGCCUGGUUUCCCGGUACCAUUGAGGAAGGGAUCACGAAGACGUUCGUAUGUGCCAGAGCUUUGAUAGGUCAGUACGUGUACUUGCAAUUAGUCGGAGUCGAGGGAAGCUUGAGUCUCUGCGAGGUCGAAGUCUUCGCUGUCGACGAGUUCUCAACGGACAGAUGCGCCUACAGUGGAACACCGGCUGACGCCGAUUUGGCUGCGUUCAAUUCCACCUGUUACGAGUUCGUUGUGAAGAAGGGUGGCUCCUUCCAAGAGGCUAGAAAUUAUUGCCGGACGAGAGGCGGCGAUCUCGUCCACGGCUUCGAGGAUGCAGCUCCCGUGUACAUUCUGAACAAUCUCGAAAGGCGGAAGGACAAACUGAAGACGCAGCUGGUAUGGAUAGGUGCACAGAAAGAACCUCUGAUAACCGCGCGCACGUGGCGAUGGGUCAACGGCGAGAUCGUACAGAAACCGUCCUGGGGAAAGGAUCAGCCGAACAAUUAUAACGGCGAACAGAACUGCGUAGUGCUCGACGGAGGCCGCGGUUGGCUAUGGAAUGACGUUGGUUGCAACCUUGACUAUUUGCAUUGGAUAUGCCAAAGCAGACCACCGACUUGCGGCAGUCCAGAGAAAUCAGAAAACACCACGAUUAAAGGGACUAAACGAUCCAUAGGAUCUGCUAUAGAUUACAUUUGCCCCAAUGGGUACAUGUUGAUCGGCUCGAAAACCAGAAAGUGCGAAACGACUGGAUUUUGGAGCGGCGAGCCACCCACAUGCAAAUUUGUGGACUGCGGCCAGCUUCCCGAACUGGACAACGGCUCGAUCACGUUGAUCGACCAGCGAACGACCUACGGAGCACACGCCGAUUACGCUUGCAAAGAGAAUUACACAUUGCUCGGUGAUGCCAGACGCAGGUGCGGCGACGGCGGUAUUUGGAGUGGACAUCAACCUCAGUGCUUGUUUGACUGGUGCCCAGAACCGCCGCAGAUCAACGGUGGACUGGUGUCAAUUACUGGAAAGAGAGCCGGUUCCACUGCCACUUACUCUUGCCAAAACGGCUUCAUCUUAUUCGGUGAUAACGUUCUUACGUGCGACGUAGGCGGCGAGUGGUCCGGCAAGGCGCCCCAAUGUCGAUUCGUCGAUUGUGGGGCACCACCGCAAAUCGAAUUCGGUUCCGUGACGCUGAUCAACGGCACCACGACAGUUAAAAGUGUGGCCGUGUACACCUGCCUGGAAGAUUACUGGCUGGCCGGUGAAGCGAGACAGGAAUGCACCAAAGAAGGGAAAUGGAGCCACGAUACACCGUCGUGCGAAUUGAUUACUUGCGACGAACCCGAGGUACCGGCUGGAAGCUACGUCGUUGGAUACGAUUUGAACAUUCACAGUGUCAUCGAGUAUCACUGCGAGGCUGGAUAUUUGCUUCAAGGCGAAGCUAGACGCACUUGCGGCAGGGAUGGCGAAUGGUCAGGAGAAAUGCCUAAUUGCGAGUACGUGGACUGCGGGAAAGUUCUGCCGGUGUUGAACGGAGCGGUGGAAUACGUGAACGACACGACGUAUCUGGGAAGUGAAAUCAGUUACAGUUGCGCGAGGAACUACAAGCUAAAUGGAGUGUCGCGGAGAUAUUGCCUAGACAAUGGUCAAUGGAGCGACGCGACUCCGAAGUGCGAAGAGAUUCGUUGCCCGGAACCGGUUUACGCGGAGCACGGAAUUCUCUCGGUGACUGGGAACGAUCGAAUGUACGGCAGGACUCUGAUACGCACGGGUACACCGGAGAACUCGAAUACCGGCGCUACUUCUUACAAGAUCGGCGCUCUCGCCAAAUACAGAUGCGAGAGAGGGUACAAAGUGGUCGGUGAACCUUUGUCCACUUGCGAGGACAACGGCAAGUGGAGUGGAGAGGUUCCACGAUGCGUUUAUGUCGAUUGCGGCAAGCCAGAACAUAUUCAACACGGGAAAUACACUUUGACGUCGAAUGCGAGUUAUUACGGAGCAGCCGCGCUCUACGAAUGCGAUGGCAAUUUUGAAUUGGAUGGAUUCGCUAGAAGAUUGUGUCUUGAAAAUGGUACUUGGAGCAGCGAAACUCCAGUUUGCAAGGAAAUUCGGUGCAAAGACCCUGAAAAGGAAGGAGUGCUCUCUACACAGGUUUCGACUCACAGCGUGGGUGGCGUGGCUCACUACAGCUGCCCACGUGGUUACUACAUGGAAGGGAACGAGACAAGAAUAUGUUUACAGAACGGUUCCUGGAGCGGAAGUAUACCCGCUUGUUUCUCGGUCGAUUGCAAACAUCCGGGACCGAUCGAGAACGGGAGAGUAAUAGUAGUGAAUGGAACUACUACCUACGGUGGAACCGCGGAAUAUCACUGUCUACCGCAAUUCGAAAGAGCGGGACCGUUUUUGAGAAAGUGUCUGGACACCGGCUCGUGGAGCGGAGAAGAACCCAAAUGCGAAUUUAUGCCGAAUGAAAUACCGGAAGCGCAAGGAGUUGGUACCAGCGUGGGCAUCGGGGCAGGAGUGAUCAUAUUUAUAUUAAUCAUUAUCGGGCUAGUUUACUUAAGACUGAGGAAAGCCACGCCUGUGAAGAACACUGAAAACGUUCAAGCGGCUGAAAGAAAGGAAGACCAAAACGCAGCUGUUAUGUCUUACGCGACUCUGAACGAUGGGACAACUAACGCUAUGUGUGAAAACGUUCCGGAGGACGGUCUGUACGACAAUCCUUAUACUAUAAGCGGCAGUACCUAUGGGUACGGUAACAACAUGAGAAGACAUUACGGUAGAUCCGGUCACUACGAAGCGGAGCCGGUCUCGAACAGAAACGGAAUCACCAUUAACGGAGUGUCUGUGCGAUAGUUCGAUGUGUACAACGAUUAGAAUCACGUUUGUUUCAAAUCCGGUAUUAUUUAUGUACAGAUAGGAGACACGCGAGAGUUUGUUAUCUUUAUUUAUAUUCAGACUGCGGAUUUUAUGCAUUCAUAAAGCGACAUAUAUUAUAAAGUGCACGUGAGUGCAUAUUCCAAAUUUUGAAUAUUAAAUGUUUUAUGUAUCUUGCAUAAAAAUCCGCGGUCUGGUUGCGUUAUUAUAUUUGGCGCAUCGCCGAUUUAUGUAAAUAAGUAAAAGGGAGUAGCGUCUAGGAAAAGUCGCGACGAAACUAUUACGAAUACUUUGAUUAGCUCGCACUUAAAAUUCUUCGUGUAUUAUUGUGUACAUAAUGUCUUUCCCUAAUUUAGACCUAAUAUUUGUAAAUGACAAGCGACGAAUUUAUAUCAUAUGUCCAUUGGUUGCGCAAAUAAACGAACCAAUGCUCUUGUUUUAUUUUA